CUCAUUUGAGCUCGGUUGAAGCUUGAUUAGAUCUUCAUGGGCUGCAAUAUUAGUCAAUUUCUUUCUAAUAUUUUACUCAAAAAACAAGAAAAUAAAGAGGAAAGAACCGCGAGUAUUUUAAACUGCUCCCAAGCGACAUUAGUGUGGUAUGGCCUACGUUGAUUCGUUACUGUCAAAAUGCACUUCUUUCUCACAACUCAAACAACUUCAAGCCCAUCUCGUAACCACUGGCAUUUUUCAAUUCUACACUUGCCGCGCCAAAUUCUUGGAUUUCUGCGCCGUCUCUUCCGCCGGCAACCUCCCUUACGCCGCCCAUAUCUUCCGCCACAUCACUUUCCCUUACAAGAAUGAAUGGAACGCCAUCAUUCGCGGCCUUGCCCAAAGCCCCAAGCCCAUUGAUGCUGUCAUCUUUUAUGUCUCCAUGUCUCGUUUGCCUUGUAAGCCCGACGCUCUUGCUUGCUCCUUCACCCUCAAAGCAUGUGCCCGUGCAUUGGCCCGUUCUGAAACCCCACAGCUUCAUACCCAUGUGAUUCGAUUUGGGUUUGCAUCAGAUGUCUUGUUGCGCACAACUUUGCUGGAUGCGUAUUCGAAAUGUGGUGAUUUGGAUUAUGCGUGCCAAGUGUUUGAUGAAAUGGUUGUGAGAGAUAUAGCAAGUUGGAACGCGUUAAUUGCUGGGCUAGCUCAGGGGAACCGACCCACAGAAGCUUUGCAGAUUUUUAAGAAAAUGAGGGAGGAGAAUAUGGAACCAAAUGAGGUCACUGUGCUUGGUGCUCUCUCUGCUUGUUCGCAGUUGGGGGCGAACAAAGAAGGCGAACGUGUCCAUGAAUAUAUCAAAAUUAAGAAUCUUGAUUGCAACGUGAUUGUUUGUAAUGCAGUUAUUGAUAUGUAUGCUAAAUGUGGUCUUGUUAGAAGAGCUUAUGAAGUGUUCAAUGAGAUGAAAUGCUCGAGCACUCGUGUCACGUGGAAUACCAUGAUUAUGGCACUGGCAAUGUAUGGAGAUGGCGAACAAGCGCUUGAGCUUUUCAAGAAAAUGGGCCAAACUGGAAUUGAGCCAGACAGCGUUAGUUACUUAGCUGCAAUCUGUGCUUGUAACCAUGCGGGAAUGGUGGACGAAGGAAUAAAAUUGUUUGAUGCCAUGGAUAGAUGUGGAGUGAGUAAGAAUAUAAAGCAUUAUGGUAGUAUGGUGGAUUUGUUGGGAAGAUCCGGGCGAUUAGAUGAAGCUUAUAAAAUUGUAGAGUCGAUGCCUACGGUUCCUGAUGUGGUUCUAUGGCAAACUCUAUUAGGGGCUUCCAAGACUUACGGUAAUGUGGAAAUGGCAGAGAGAGCGUCCAAGAAGCUCGUUGAAAUGGGAUCAAAUCAUUGUGGGGAUUUCGUGUUGCUCUCCAAUCUUUAUGCGGCGCAAGGGAGGUGGCAUGAUGUGAGAAGAGUAAGAGAGGCCAUGAAAGGCCAGGAUGUAAAAAAAGUACCGGGUUUUAGCUAUAUUGAGGUUGGUGGAACGAUAUACAAGUUCAUGAAUGGUGAUAUGAACCAUCCAAAGUGGAAGGAGAUUUAUUGGAAGCUUGAUGAGAUUUUGUUAAGGAUUAGAGAAUACGGGUAUGUGGCAGAAACUAAUUAUGUGUUCCAUGAUAUAGGACCGGAGGAGAAGGAGAAUGCACUAUGUUAUCAUAGUGAGAAGCUUGCAGUGGCUUUUGGUUUGAUCAGUACACAAGAUGGCACUUGUAUAAGCGUGAAUAAGAAUCUUAGAAUAUGUGGGGAUUGUCAUGUUGUGAUUAAGCUCAUUUCAAAGAUAUAUGAGCGGGAGAUUAUUGUGAGAGACAGGACUCGUUUCCACAGAUUCAAAGAUGGGGCUUGUUCUUGUAAAGAAUACUGGUGAGAUUGAUUCAAAUUUUUAUGUAUAAAGCACAUUAGUUUGAUGUGGCAGGGGAAACCAUAUGUAUGACUAAAAGGGCUCACCUUGUGCGGAAGUUGCUCCCCGAGACUGAGAGAUAGGGGAGAAUGGGCGUAUAUUGUAUGCAGUAUUCUUGGCAUUUCCGCAAAAAGACUCAAGAGAUAUGACUCAUUUUCAAAAAUCUGAAGAAAAGAGAUUACUCUUGCAGAAAUUUGUGAUGAGGAUUCUGUUUGUGUAAUGUCAUGAAAAGAGGAGCUUCAGGGGCAAUUACUUUAAUGUAGAUUCAAUUUUACUUUUGGCUCAA